GCCUUUGCCCCGUCUACCGCCAGCGCUGCCCGGACAGGCGCCAGAGACGGCUCCUGUUCCAGCGGGCCCAGAGGUGGCCCCGUCGAGGAGUUUCGUGCGGCCACAGGUGACGCGACGCUUGUCCAUUUCGGAACUGACCCUGCCGGCCAUGGCCCCGAGCACCUCUCGAAGACCCUCGCAGAUGCAGCCGUUGCUGGGUGACGGCACAGUCGGGCCCCCUUCGCCAUCUUCGCCCCAGCCCAACGAGCAGUAUCCCGAUGCCUCGCGGAUCAUGAGCUACGGCUCUGGGAGGACCACGGAAGUGGAUCGACGCGCUUCGACCUAUUUGCAGCAGAUGCAGGAACGUCGUGCCUCGCUCUCCUUGCGCCGCAUGGAGCCCCCAGAGCCGCCGGCGCAGUCCCGAAGCAACGCGCCUGCGGGAGCCAAGCCCAAGUUGCAAGGAUGGCAACGCGUGCGUGAGGUCAAUGACCGUGGGCGAGCAGAGAAACGCGUGAGGACCCCUUCGCGUUUGACGCCCCGAAAUGCGCAGAUCGACAUUGGGGAAAUCUCAUCCCCAGAGGCUCCUACUGAGCGGAGGCGAUCCUUCGUGGAGCACAUGCAGGCGCAGGCACAGCAAAAGGUGCAGAGGCCUGCUCCUGUGGCGCCGGUGGCACCAGCGCAGCCGCCCAGCCUGUCGCAAGCAGCAGGACGCGUGAUGCGCUUGGGCAUGGCCGUGGGAAACAAG